AUGAUUCGACCACUCGGAUUCGAUGAUACCAAGCAACGACAGGAAUGUGCUUCGAGUUGUGUGAUGCUGAACAAAGCCCUUUCAUCAUUAUCAAAAAUCGGUGAAACAACUGAUCAUGAGCCCUCGGAUCGUCAUCGAAAACUUUUCCUAGAAAAAUUUGAUGAAGUGCAGCAGGCGAGUUUGGACGCUAAGGAAAUUUGUGCCGAACAAUCGGCUUUUUUUUCUGAACGCUACGGGGAGAUCGAUGCUGCAUUCAGCGAAAGCGAAAAGAUUAGAAGCGAUCUGAUUGACUUGAGCUUUAAACAGAUCCUAAAUGCCGAUUUCAAACACCAGGCCGAUGUUUACAAAUCAACAUGCGAUGUGCUUAUUGAGACGGUGAACAUUCCUGCAACCGAGGAAGAGUUACCAGAAAAACUCUCACCUUUCGAGCAUUUCAAUCACGGAUGCUGGGAUGUUUUAGAGCUUUUGGGUGUAAAACUAAAGGCUAUUGAGAUUAUUAAAAGUGCUUGUUAUAACUUGUCUUUCCGCUUUUGCUUUUACAAACUUAAAAGCUUUGAUGGUAAACCGACAGACGAUCACUUCUACUUAUUACAUAAAAGUUCAAGGGGCGGAUUGUUUAUGCGUAAAGUCUCAACUCAACGAACACUACAUUUUAUCGCUGGAAGCUGGAAAAACGAAAAGUUUUGCAUGGAUUCAAGAGAAAUCUCGCCAAGUCCCAAUCCAUUUGCAGAAGUGUCUCCUAUUGAUAUGACUGAAUGGAUCAAGCAAGAAAUGAUCAAGCUAAAUGGUUAUGCUAAACAUUACCACGAGGGCUUUUUUCCAGGCUUCUUCACUUUUAAGCUUAGUGAUUAUGUCUUUCAAUUGCAAAUUCCUCCAAGGCACUCGUCAACUUGUAAGAAUCCUGAUGAUCUCAUUCUUAAAGCUGGUUUCCCAGGUGAAGUUGAUAAUGACUACAAAAUUGGCAACUGUAAAUGCACAAAUGAUGACGAGAAGGCGUACAUCAAAACUUACACAAAGAUUUGCAAAUUGCUCUUUCUGGUGAAUCGAAAAGGAGUCAAGAUUUUCAAAAAGAAACACUCCACAAACGGAUUCAACAUCGACUUUCAAAGUUGUGCCGAAUUGAAACAGGAGAUCGUCACAGAUUGGAGAUUUUACGUCCACCGUGAUGAGCAGAAGAUAGCUCUGAAUCACCCAAAAUAUUUCCCAGCAGAUCAUAAGAUUGAUAUUCUGCUUGUCGAUCAAAUGUAUAACUUGUCAAGUAGGAAUCCGAUUGCCGAAGACUUUACUCGAGAUGAGCAGACUUCAAUGGAUAUUUUUGAGAUUUUUAACCUUAAAGAACCAGCCGCUAAAAAGAAAAACAUGUUUUUUUCGGAAAUA